AUGCGAAACCGAUCGUCAACAAAUGAUAUCAUCCUUGCCAUAAAGCACAUCGAAGUUAAGGCAGCUGCUCAUAUCGACAAGCCACUACCUCCAAAACACAACACUCUCACUACUCACCAGCAAGGCCAAGUCGGUCACAAUGUGGAACAUCAGAAGCAUUCGGGGGCUACACUCAACUUCGGUGUUCAUGAGGGGGUACUCCAGACGUUUGAUCCCCGCGACCAAGCCCUCCUCGAUCCUGAGAAGCCCUAUGAUCAGAGGUGGCAAGAGAAACAUCGAGCUCCAGGCCCAGGCAAUGAUCGAUCUCCUACCAGCUGGAUUCCACAAUAA